AGUCCAGCCCCUCCCGGCUUUAAGAAUUGAGAGCUGCUAGUCUGGGUCGUCUCGGAGCCCAUACACAUCCACUCCACCGCCUAUCAAACAUGGUCACGGUUUCUCCACUUCUUUCUCUCCUCAACUGUCAGUGAACCCGGGGAUCUCGUCCUACUUUUUUUUUUUUUUUGUUUCGAGCCCCAUACUCUCCCACACAACGCUCCACUCUGCAGGAAAAAGUUCGCGAAUCCCGUUGAUGGACACGGAACUCUAACCAUUUGUUGCUCUACUCGCUCUGCUCCCCUCCCGUCGUUCGUCCGGUGGGUCGGUGGUUCGGUUCCCUGCUCCGUCGUGUUGUUGUAACCCACGCGUGCGGGAUGCCAUGGCCACCCCGAGCACUCAGCAGCAACUGCAGCAGCAGCAGGAUUACUUCAGGUCCGUCAGCAACGAGUCCACCACGUACAUGAUGGUGCCCGCGGCCGGGCAGAGGGACAGGGAACGCCGCGAAGCCCCCUCCAAGAUGUGGGUGGCGAUGGUGGUGAUCGUGGUGGUCGUUUUGCAGAUCGCGUCCACCACGGGGCUCUUCGUCUACCUGAACAUGUCCAUCUCCCAGGUCCGUAGCGAGGGGGUGACAGAGGAGCUCAAGUGCCUGAGUCUGCUCAACGCCCUGGACAAGAACGAGGACAUCCCGGAGCAGCUGGCCCAGCUCUUCGGAGAGCCCUGCAUCAAGCUGGCCGAGGGCAUCAAGGCAUACAUCUCCAAGGUAAGGCAGGACCGAACCCGACUGGGGGGAAUCGAUGGUCGACGCUACGGUCUCACAAACUGGCCUGUCGAUGGAUCAUCAGUUGGGUUGAGGUCAGUAAGGGCAACUUAUGAAGGCUCCACCGUGAGUUUCUCUUCUGAAGACUACCCCCGUAACGAAACAGGAACCUUUUCAAAGUAAAGGUGCAACUGCCUAUGGCCACGGCUCUGUGCCGUCUCCCCUCCUUGGAUCAUUCUUGCACCUUGUCUUGAAACUUCAAAUGUAGGCCCGGUCAGCCUGUCAAAGCUGUUGUUUUCAUCGCCUACAGGUCUUAUGUGUAUAGCUGAUACCGUGGGACGCCGUCUCUUUAUUGCUUGUAAACCGCUUGCCUCGAAUUUGUCCGUUGAGGGGUCAAAUCACGAAUCCUCAUUGGUCGGUUAGAUGAGAAGCCCGGUGGUCUGGCAGCGGCGCUGGAGAUGUGUGGCGGUUUAAAGAGGAUGCUUCGGAGGUGCGUCGGUGGAUCGAGACGAAUGGCGCCGAUUUCUUUCAAUGCUGUUUAUAACUUCUCAUUGUUGAUGAUCGGGGUGCUUCUCUGAGCGCAGGGGAUUCCGAGUGCCAAAUGUCUCGAAGGAUGUUAGCAUUGUUUGGCGCAUCACAGUAACACCCAGUUGGAGUAAGUGUGCCAGCAAUCUGACAGCAUUAGAAUUGACCAAACAUGGUUUCUUCGGCUCUGAAGAGUUAACCAUGCACAGGACUAGUUAAAAAAACGAGUAGCAUUCUGGGUGCUACUUAGGAUGCGGGAACAGGAUGUUGGGUACAAGGCAUUGUAGACCAUUUACGCACCAGAUGUGUUCCGAUCAGGACCAGCUGUAGCCUAGUUUAAAGCUAGCCUACAGACCAGUUCAAGAAAAGGUCGAGACCACAUAACUGUUCAUAUUUAACCUGAAUUUAAAGUUCAGCAUUAGAUAGAGGCGUGAAACUGGUUUAUGUAAAACAAGAUUGGCAACACUUAGAACCGCCGUGCUCGUCCUGCCGUUGCUGUCGGACACAAUGAGUGUGGAGGGAUCAAACUCCAGACACAAACGCACACUCCUAGACGGUGUUAACAAAAAAGGCCAUGCUUAAGUUCUUCCAGACAAAAGGGUGAAGCAACAAGCUGAGGAAACAUCCUACUGUCUCAUCCAGAGUUUUACCAAAAGGCUAAUCCACCGCUUAGACACUGAGAUUUGUUUGAUUGUACUCUGUGCUUUGAGUCACAGCUUUGAGAGUCCUUACAAGGAAGGUCUGCAAGGGUUUACAACGAAGUCCGGGAAAUCUGUUGGAACGCUUGCCUUGUGCCUCUGAGAAGUAAACAUUUAUUUAUUUACUGUUAGAUAAUCUUUAUUGGAUUGACUGUAUCUGUGUGUGUACGUGUGUUUGUGUGUGUGUGUGUGUGUGUGUGUGUGUCCCUGUGUGUGUGUGUUCAUGUGUUUGUGUGUGUUUGUGUGUCUAUGUCUGUGUUCAUGUUUGUGUGUGUGUGUGUGUGUGAGUGUGUGUGUGUGUUUGUGUGCGCGCCAUAAGUGAAAACUAACUUGAAGCCAUGCGAUCUUCCAUUAAAACGCUCAGACUUUACCCGGACUUUGCCCGUGCUCCUUCCUGUAGCUCCGCCCACCUGGCGCACCUAGGCGUUCAAAACCAAAACAAACAGAUUUAUCAACAAACACAACUAUCUGGAACCCACUUGACCCGGCGCUGGAAUGUGGUUAACCAUUGUGUACCUUUGCACGUGAACACAAACACACGCACACAUUCAUAAACAUAGGCACGUACCACAGAAGUAUUGAAAAGGUGACCCUACAUACUGGGCCAACACAAACAUACAUCUCUCUCUCUCUCUCUCUCGCCCUCUCCCUCUCUCCCUCUCUCUCUCAUUCCUUGAGCCCCCCCCCCCCCCCCACCACCCUACCCAGAGGUCAAGGUUAACUGGACGCAUUAUCACUUAGCGGUGUGUUCAACAGUAGUAAUCACACCCUCGUCACACACAACGAACACCGGCCAGCCAACCAUACAGUCGUAGGAAAUGGAGGGAGAGCAAUGCACCCCGUUGGGCUGAGCAGCAGCCAGUCUGAGUCAAUGCAAUGAGUGGGAGGGCUCCCUCUGCUUCAUUUAUCUCUAUGGAACCAACAGUGUGAGAUUCAUGAAUCAAUAUUUAAUACAUGUGUAUGUUUGUAUCAAAUAUAUGUAUUCAGUUUGACAUUGACAUUAAAUGCACAUUGUUUGUGCUAAAAUAAUGACAUCAGCCAUGUAUACUAAUUGCCGACGUAUAUGAUUUUAAUGUCUUUACUGUCUUUUACACUUUAUCCCUUCAUUGAUUGUGCAUGGACACACUGACACGCACGCACGCACGCACGCACGCACGCACACGCACACACACACACACACACACACACACACACACACACACACACACACACACGCAGGCCUGUGCCGACCCACUGUGUGCCCAUGGGUUCUAAGCCCAUGUUCAUCUGCCCCCGCCCUCACCUCACGCCCUCCGACCAGAGGACCAGCAGAUGGACCCUGUUGUCUGCUCUCCCCAUGCCGCUCUUCCCUGGCGUUGUGUUUCUCUGUUCUCUCUCUCCCCGGCCGGCGUCUGGCUCUCCCCAGGGCCCCAGUGGUGUUGCUGGACUCGCUUCACUCAGAACAUCCACAGU